UUGCUGGGUUUUUUCUUCGAUCUCAAGCUUUCAUCUGCCUUUUCGAGGAAUUUUCUUCUGCCCCAUUUCAGAUAUGGAUGUAGAAAUUUCUGUUUCUUAUUGUUGAGAGACAGCAGUAGAACAAUGGCAGAAAUUAGCGUUAAUUUAUCAAGAUCAGAAAGUGAUUUAAGAGAAACACUCAAUUCCCAACAAAAUCUUCUCCAAAAGCUCUACAAAGAACUAGAUGUGGAAAGAGAAUCAUCUGCUACUGCGGCGAGUGAGGCCCUGUCAAUGAUUCUUCGUUUACAGGGAGAAAAGGCUGCGGUGAAAAUGGAAGCUGUUCAAUACAAGAGAUUAGCUGAAGAGAAAAUGUGUCAUACAGAGGAAUCUCUUGCUAAUUUUGAAGAUCUUAUUUAUCAGAAGGAAAUGGAGAUUGUUUCAUUGGAAUAUCAACUCCAAGCUUAUCGUUACAAGCUUAUAAGCAUGGGUUGCAGCGAUUUAGGCGUAAGUGAGACCAAGUUUCCUGAAUAUUUGCUGCAAAGAAAUGAAAGUGUAACUUCUGUUGAGAAUGGAUUGAGAAGAAACUCCAUGCCUUCGAUUCCGUUUAAAUUGUGCAAUCAGAAGAAAGUACCGGAUGAUAUGAGUUCUUAUUUGGAACAGAUAAGGAAACUAGAUGAACGUUUGAAGGUAACAACAAUAACAACUAAUGGGGAUGAUGAAAUAGAGAAAACCCUUGUUCUUGAUGUGUUUGAAGUUCCAGAAAAAAGUGAAAAUGAAAAGAUGAAAGGUGAAGAUAGAGGAAUGAGUGUGGUGAAAUCAUGUCAAGAUAAAGAGAUGAAUAAGAUUUGGAAGGAGAUGCAAGAAAAGCUAAACUCAAUUGAGUUGGAGAUAAGAAACAUGAAAAAAGAAGCAGCAGCUGAUGGAUUCAAUUGUUCAUCUUUCUUGACUGGACUAUUUAGUUUUAGAAUGAAUUGAUGAUGGUUAUAUUAUUGCUGGUUUGAUUUGGGGUUUGUUGUUGGUUUGGGUUUUAUUUGGAUGUCUUGUAUAGGGAAAACAUAGAUGAUUAUUGAUCGGUUGUUAAUAAUGCUUACCUUUGCAGCACAUUGUUUGUU